AUGAAAACAGGAUUGAAAUUAAUUCAAGACGCAUAUAACAGAAAAUUUUCUUCACUGUCUAAUUCAUUGGAUCAAGAAAAAAAAAAGAAGGGAUCAAAUAAUAGUGAAGUUUCACAACUUCGACAAAAAAUAAGAGAAUUAAGCGAUUCUUUGUUCAAAGAAGAGGAGGAAAAAAAUGAAAUUUUACAUUCUAAAAACUCCUUACUUGACCAAUAUAAUAAAUUAUGUGAUGAACAUCAACAUUGUUUAAAUAAAUCCUCUGAAAGAAACAAUGUAAAUGGUUCUAGUAGUAGAAUUAUUAGUGUUUUAAAUAGUGGUAAAAAUGAAUUACGAAAUUAUCUCAAGACGUUACCGAUGGAUGCAAGACGGGCUUUAUUGUCAGAAUUUUUAGAUUGUUGUCAUCCUCACGAUAUACAUAUGCAGCAAGCACUUUUAGAUUAUUAUGUGAAGACAACAUUCGACGUAAUUGGUACUUUGCCAAAUGAUUUAAACACAAUUAUUUUGUCACGUUUAACCGCUGAAGAUUUAAGUAAUGCUAGGCUAGUGUCUAGACGUUGGAGAGAAAUGGUUAAAGAACCAAAUCUUUGGAAAGAAAAAUGUUUAGUAAUAACCAAAGAAGAUCCUGUACCACUAGUUUAUCCAUCCGAUCCCAAACUAUGGGAAACCAUCUAUCAUGGGUUACAUUUUCGUGAAUAUAAUUGGUCAACUGGUAAUGUACGAGAUUUGACAGGAGUAGAAGGAUUAAAAGCAUUCCCAUUAGAUAAUGAUCAAGUUAAUAUCCACAACAACAACAACAAAGUUGAUGAUAAUAAAGGAGAAAUGUUAAAUAAAGAACAAUUGAUCGAGAUGAACAAGAAAAAAAUAAAAGCUUUAGAGAAAAAAAUCAGACAAAUUGAAAGAAUUAAAGAAAAACAAGAUAAUGGCGAGAAUUUAAUUACAGAUGAACAUGAAAAACUUAAAAAAUUGGAACCAUUUAAAGAAGAGUUAAAUAAAUUGUUAAAUGAAAUCAAAGAGCAGGAAGGUGAAGGGAAAAAAAGUGGCAGUGGGAAAGGUGGUAGAAAUGGAAAAAAAUAA